AAACAGGCGGUGGAGGGGACACGAGAAAGGGAAAGAGAGAAAAAAAACGGUCACAUUUGUCAGGCACCUGAAAACGUGCUGGUUAUUUCAGGACGCGUGUUGCUUAUUGAUGAGUGGGGUGUGUUUAAACUACUUGCACUCUAAUCAUGCUUUCAUGGUGACUGUACAUGGACAGCAGUUCAGUGUGACAGAACCCCUUUGAGGAGCACACCCGUAGUGCUAUUCUCCUCGGACUUUUUUUCUUUUGGAUUAAAUAUAGCAUUGCUCUAGUUUCUCCUUCUUAAACCAUUUUUGCUCUACUGACCGGAUUUUUUCAAGAACCCCCCCCUGCCAAUGCUCUUUUGAUCUGUGGGAUACAUUCUCUAUGCCUUGGCGGUUCAGGACUCUUUCACCCGUGUCUACCAAACUCCUCGGUGGCGAGCAGAGGCGCUAAUCAAACAAGAACAACAGAAGCAACGACUGUAUCUACUAGGAGACAUGGAGAAUAGUCCCGGGGGUGGUGUCAUCCUUUAUGCUGGCUCCUCUGGCAGUGCCAGCCCAAGUCCUGGCAGCCCCUCCAGUGGAUACCAGACCCAGUCACCCUCCUCCCACUCACAGCCUUCGUCCCCAGAGGGUGUCUCCUUUCAGGAGAUUGGGGCCAUGAAGCAGGGAGGGGAACAAAGGGGAGGGACGCCUUCCCCGAAAAUGGUCUUCCAGUUUCCAGAAGUGAACAAUGCUCCAGCUGCCCAAGUUACAACGGUGUCAUCAGCCACCUACAACCAUCCCACAGUGGCCAAAAGACCCUGUGGUUUUACUGGCACCUUCCCUAAAACUGGAGGGAUGGUGCUUCUGUGUAAGGUGUGUGGAGACAUUGCAUCUGGGUUCCAUUAUGGUGUCCACGCCUGUGAGGGUUGCAAAGGUUUCUUCAGGCGCAGCAUUCAACAGAAUAUCCACUACAAGAUGUGUGUGAAGAAUGAAAACUGUCUCAUUAUGCGCAUGAACCGAAACCGCUGCCAACACUGCCGCUUUAAGAAAUGUCUCUCAGUGGGCAUGUCCAGAGAUGCUGUGCGUUUUGGCCGUAUUCCCAAACGGGAGAAGCAGAGGCUAUUGGAUGAAAUGCAGAGCUAUAUGAACAGUCUAAACGAAUCUGCCUCCAUGGAGAUGGAGACGUCACCUCCCUCUGACACCCACUGCAGCCCAAAGAACCAGACGAAUGUAGGAGCAGGCUCCAUAAUGCAGUCAUACCAGAGCGACUUAAUAAACAGUGAGAAGAAAUCUCUCAAGAGGCCUGCCAGCAACAGCAACCUUGGCACUUCUUUCCAGAACAGUCCUGCCCCACCUCACACAACAGUACAGGCACACCACACGUUUCAAGGGAACCUGACAUCGGGAUACAGUGUCCCCUCAAAGUGUCCUGUUGCCCACGCCAAUAAUGAAAACACCACGAAUAACAACAUCAAUAUUUCCAAGUACUACAACACCAAUCAAAAUCAGUGUCCCAUCCGAGCUGGCCUUUCAUCUCAGCAGUAUGCAGCCAAUCAGAAGACUGAUUCUCAGAACCAAAAUUCCUGUCCUUGGAGGCUAAAUGGUGGAGCCAAAGUGUUGGCUUGUCCACUCAAUUCUUGUCCGGUGGCUCCAGCCAGUCGCUCCAGUCAAGAAGUGUGGGAGUCAUUUUCCCAGUGUUUCACCCCUGCUGUCAAAGAAGUGGUGGAGUUCGCAAAAAGUAUCCCAGGCUUCCAGACUCUGAGCCAACAGGACCAAGUCAUGCUACUCAAAUCUGGCACGUUCCAGGUGCUGAUGGUGAGGUUCUGCUCAUUAUUUGACCCCAAGGAGAGGACUGUGACCUUUCUCAAUGGGCAAACAUACUCCCUGGCAUCACUACGGGCACUGGGCAUGGGUGUUUUACUGGACUCCAUGUUUGAUUUCAGCGAGAAGCUAGGCUCUCUGGGUUUGGAACCAGAUGAGAUGGCCCUUUUUAUGGCUGUUGUGCUUGUUUCAGCUGAUCGCUCUGGUAUUGUGGAUGUUGGAGCAGUGGAGCAGCUGCAGGAGAACCUCAUCAAAGCUCUGCGCACCCUCAUUACGAGUCGCCGGCCGGACGACAGCACCCUCUUCCCAAAGCUGUUGCUACGUCUGCCGGACCUCCGAACCUUGAACAACCAGCACUCCGACAAGCUUUUAGCAUUCCGCAUUGAUCCGUAAACAAGUACAAGGGCCACUGAGAUGUCUGCUUCGGGGUGCUUCUUCACUUCUCAUUCGAGCCAGACCAGCCACAGAUGUUGGCCUCUGCAUGACGGAUCGUUGUUGUUGGAGCUUGGCCGAGUGUGAAGCCGUGAGAGAGGGGACUCUGAAAGUAAAGGAUGUUAACUCAGCAGGGGGUGGAAACCCUUGGACUCAAAUGUUCUCUUGCUUCCAAGACUGUCAAUAACGACUUAAAACUGUGUUCUUCCUGGUUGGUUCACCAAAUCUUUACCUCUCCUCCCUGGAGUUGUUCAAAACUUAAAGAUUUAGUCCUCUAAUCCCACAAGUCAGCAAAGCACACACUCCAGCUGAGAUACAAGGAGUUUGUACAAACCUUCACCAACUAUGACUUCUGACUGCACAUUAACACCUCAACUGUAAAUGGCAUGCUGCAGACAUUAAGAAGCCCCUCAGCCAAGUAUAGGUGAUAGCAAUAGAAAUGGUGCAAAGCUAAGAGAAUGAUUUAUGUGCUCCCUGUUGAAAAGAUAUCAGCUAUUUUCCUGUCAUAAGUAAAUCACCUAAUUGGGAAUGAGAGAUGUAUAAUGAUGUAUUUUUAAGAAAUGAAAAUAAGUUGUAUUGUGUUGCUAUGUGCUAAUCAGGGAGAAAUUAUUGGUCGUGAUGACAGAGUCUGAUGGGUUUUCACUGAAUUUGUUCUCUGUAAAUUUUUGUAAAUAUUAUGCUUGUUUGGUACCCAUGGUAGUUUGAUGAGUUUUGGAAAUGUUAAUGAAUUUGUUAAGUAUUGUAUCAAGCCAGCAUCAUUAACAAUAUACUAUACAUUGCUCUAUAGACUGCAUUUGAACCAUGCACUCUGAAUAUAAACUUUUUAUUUGAGAAUAUAUGAAAGAACUAAAUGUAUUAACUGACUGCAUCACUUGUGUAUAUUUUGUACCUGUUUUGUGGUUACACCAUAGAGUACUAUUAUUAAAUAAUGUUAUACAGCA